AUGCAAUUCUCCAUGACAAUUACAACCCCAAGCUUCCCAUCUUUACCCCCAUUCCACCAUUCCACUUCCCAUCCCCCUUCAUACAAACACCCUCCUAUCACAAUUCUUCAAAACCCAACAAAACCCCAUGACAAUUCCAUAAAAUCCCUAAAAAAUUCCGGGUUUUUAUCAGCAAUUGGAAACGCAAUCGAAGAACAAGAGUAUCGGAAAGCUAGGGCUGAGGUUAUCCGAAAAGGAACAGGGUUAGAAGGUUACACAAUUGAGGGUCUUUCAAUCGGAGGUCAUGAAACUUGUGUAAUUGUUCCUGAAUUGAAGUGCGCAUUUGAUAUCGGAAGGUGUCCUGCUAGAGCAGUCGCCAUGAAUUUCUUGUUUAUUACUCAUGCUCACCUUGAUCACAUUGGUGGGCUACCCAUGUAUGUAGCAACUCGUGGAUUGUACAGCUUGACUCCUCCUACUGUAUUUGUUCCUCCUGCCAUUAAAGACGAUGUUGAAAAUUUGAUGGAGCUUCAUAGGAAGAUGGGAAUGGUAGAGUUAAAUCUUGAUUUGGUUGCAUUGGAUGUAGGAGAAACAUAUGAGUUACGAAAUGACCUUGUUGUACGCCCGUUUAAAACUCACCAUGUGAUACCCAGUCAGGGUUAUGUUGUUUACUCGGUUCGCAAGAAGCUAAAAAAGCAAUACGAACAUCUAAAAGGAAGGGAGAUUGAGAAAAAGAAAAAAUCCGGUGUUGAGAUAACCGAUAUCAUAUUAUCCCCGGAGGUGGCAUUCACCGGAGAUACAACUUCUGACUUUCUACUUGAUCCAAGAAGUUCCGAUGCCUUGAGGGCCAAAGUUCUCAUAACCGAGGCGACUUUUUUGGACGACAAAUGCAACAUCGAGCAUGCACGAGAACAUGGUCACAUGCAUAUUGAUGAGAUUAUGGAGCAUGCUAAGUGGAUCCGAAACAAAUCCAUUCUUUUGACUCAUUUUUCUUCACGUUACCAUAUUGAGGAAAUUCGUCAAGCUGUAGCAAAAUUGCAAUCGAAGGUUUCGGGGAAAGUUGUUCCUCUUACAGAAGGUUUUAGGUCAAUGUACACAUCAUAA